UCAAUUCAGUCCCUUUAAUGAACCCACUUUUAAAUAUUUGUUUGUCACUAACUUCGAAUUCUCGUCUCUCUUCAAGCCACGAAUAUUCCCCCUUUCCUCUCAAAAUUCCUACUACAAUCUUAACCGAUCCUUUUCCAUGCCCUAAUUAUUACACUAAUAAUACUAUUUUCUUUUACUUUCUCGGUCCCCAAACAAAGUCAACAAGUCAGUCUGUCAUUGUCAGAGCGCAGACGUGGCAUUUCCUUUCAAGUGGGGUCCACACAGCUAAGAAACAAAAAGCCGACGUGCGCUUUAACCAAUCAAUCAAACCGCGGAUCUGAGAUCGACAACAAUUAACCGUAUUCCACAAAACACCUUGACGUCCGCCUUUUUUUUAUAUUUUAUAUUUUUCUUUCUUUAUAUAACAACCGACUCCGAUAUUUUCUUAAUAUCUUUCCUAGACCAAUUAAUUUUUUUGUGAAUCAGAAGUUCCGUCUCUCUCUAACAAUUUCCCAUCUUUUCUCUCUCUAAAAAUAUCCAACCUUACGCUUUUAAUUCUAAUUUUUGUCUUAAUAAAUCGAAGAAUCUGAAAGAACUUGAUUUAUAAGAUUUUUUUUUUUAAAUUUAGUUAAAUUCAACUAUGACUAAUUCUAGAAACGGAGAAUUUGUUGACGAUCAUGUGGAUCUAAACGACGACGAAGUAAUCGAUUCAUCUGGCUCAUCGUCGUCAACCAACGGCGUUGUUGAGACCUCUACCGUUGGAUCUGGAACAACAUCGAGACAAAACGGUGAGACAAGGAACGGAUUCGGACUCACGGAACGAUUAACCGACACAUUGGUAGAGGAAAACGACGGAGAUUUGUUGCUUCAACAAAGCGAUCGAGAAGAUACGGUUCUACAAUGGUUACAAACUUUAGAUAUGCAUGUAAUCGGCGCUUGUCGAACCGAUGAAAGGUUAAAGCCUUUGUUGAAAGUCAACGUUUCAAACGGCGUCGCUGAGGAUCGAUUAUUAGCUCAUUUGAGUCAGCACUUUGAGCCAUCGGAAGUCGGUAUGCUGGCGAGGUGUUUUUGCAUACCUUUGGUUUCGAUUCGAGCAGGGAAGAUUAACAAACAAGGGACUCAUUUUCACCCUACUUCUAUAAGGGGAAAUUUGAGUCUUACACUCUUGCCAACAUCAGACUUGCGCCUUUCAUUUGUUGGGGAUGAUGGUCUAACAGAGAGACUGUUUACCUUAAGUAGCAAACCUCAGUGUGCCGCUUUUUCCAUUAAUGAGAUCCCAGCAGACAAUUCUGGACGAUCUUUCCUUGUGAAGACCCCAGAUGGCAAAGUUUUUUACUAUUGGUGCUCAGAGAUGUCAAAGCUCUUGGGAAUUGAAUUGCUCUCAAAGAUGAAGGAUUUAAUCAAAAGAAAACCAUCUAUUGCUGAAUUAACUGGAAUCAGUGAGUCACGACUUGGCUGCUUUGCAACUCAGCUUCGUGCUUAUCUUGUAGGAUCAACAGUGAGUAAUAGACAAGCAAGUUGUUUAGGUCGACCUUCAGCCAAUACUGAACAUGACACCAUCGAUGUGCACGGGGGACAAUCUUCAUCGACAUCAAAAUCUUUGCGAUCUAGGCACUCUAGCAGUCAAGUACUCAAGGUCAAUGCACUGUAUCAAGGUAGCUUAAGUCCAAGAUCAAGUUCUUUCAAGGAGGGUAUGACGCGAAACUUGUCUUCCCUGAGGAGCACUGCCAGGGAUAAGUUACGAAGGCGUGGAGAUAACCAUCUUUUAGUAACCGAGAGCCUUUCAAUUGCUUCACCUAUUACGAAUGAUUCCUCUAAUUGCAACCAAGCUGAAAAUGACAAGCUUCCAGACGUCAAGAGUUGUCCAUUCACUCCUAACUUCCUGGAGUCAAUCGGAAAACUUGCUGUUUCACCAACUCUAAGCUCUGUAUCUCAAGUUUCCUCGUUGGGACCACCUCUCUUUUCUCCCUAUUAUUGUUGGUGUCCCCCAGGAUCAACUCUACAACACCCAGCUGCCUCCGAACUUCCAACCUCAUCAAUUGAACCUCUUAAGCUGCCACCUCUUUCUUCAAUAUUACCAGUGAAUGGUUCUUCGUGCUUGUUCAAACCAACAUCCUCUCUUGAUCUGGCUGAUGUUCCUUCUCUGGAUUUUCCAGCUUUUCCCCCAGAACCAUUGGUCCGAUUGCCAAUGGCCAGUUCACACCAAAUUCCAACCUUCACACCUUUGAUUUGUGAUCCCAUUGUUCAUAUUCCAGUCAUUGAUGUUUGCUCUUCAGGACAAGGUUACUUGGUUAGUGCUGGUCCCGCUAUUUCAACUACAAUUCCUCCAUUGCAUCCAAAACUGGUGAACCCGUUAUUACCCAAUACUGAUUCCGUGGUGGAAAAGGGUGCUAGAGAAACUCUUCGGCUGCUCAUCAGUGGUUCAACACAGAGCAACCCUCCAUUGAUUGACGUAUUGCCAGCAGUUCUGACCAAUGCUGAUGAGAGAAAAGGUAUCCUUGUCGCCGGAAGUAGGGGUCUGUACAGUGGAACAAGAGACGUUAGCGCCAUUCCUGAUGGCAUUGCCGCCACGAGUUUGGUUACAUUUUCUUCUAGCUCCAUGGUAGAUGGCUUUAUAAAACAAUGUAGCAGCAGCAGCUCUGACAAUCCCGAUGCUAAGAAGCAGUUGGGAUCAAGUGGUUUAGAUGGAUCUUGUUCAAACAGUAAUGGAGCUAAACUUUCAGACUCGAAAGAAGCAGGAAAUAGUGAUUAAACAAUUACAUGUGUUUUAUUUCCUCUGUAGAUCUUUUUGUUCCUUAAAAAUGAAAAUUGUAGAUAAUAUAUCUGCAGUUUUAUCAUAUUUUAAUUGUAAUUAGUUCCAAUCCUUAUCCAUUGGGGGGAUUUGUUCUCUGUAGUAUUCCUUUUGCCUUUUAGUUUGAUAGUAGUCAAUGGUGAAACAAGGAUUUGGUUAUAAAUAGAUAAAAUAAAAAGAAAUCAGGAAAGGCUACAAACAAUAACAUUGCCGUGAAAUCACCACUUUCAAGUAAUAAAAUCUCCCAUACACCAUGAAA